CCGCAGUCGCGGAAGGGAAAGCGACGGGGAGGGGGUGAGGGAUGGAGGGACGGGCGGCAGUGCGGCUGUUGCUGGUGGACGUCCCGCCGUCACCCCCUUCCCCCUUUCCUCCCCCAUACAGCGACUACCGCUGCAAACGCACAGGGGCGGGACGGGUGGGGAAGAGUUGGGGGGGUCACGGCGGCCACCCCCUCACACCACCACCUCCCCCCCCACAUUCACAGUCGCGGAAGGGAAGGCGACGGGGAAGGGGGGGGUCCGACGGCGGGUCCGUCGGCUUGCUUGUUGGCGGGUUCCCGGAUCCGUUGGCGAGCUCGCUGGCGGGUCCGUCGGCGGGUUCGUCGGCGGAUCUGUCGGCGGUCCGUCGGUGGGCUUGCUGGAGGGUCCGUCGGCGGGUCCGUCGGCAGGUCUUCUGUCGCACGCAUUGGCGGGUACGUCGGCGGGUCCGUCGACUCGCAUGCUGGCGUGCUCGCGGGUCCGCUGGAUCGUGGGCUAG